ACGUUAACAAUAUAAACAAAUAUGGUAGCCAUCAAGAUCGAACAAAUCAGAGAACAGAAAAGAAGCUGGUUAGCGUAGUAAAAAGCAAAAAUGGGCUCUGUUGUUAGUAGAAGAUCAAAAAGGAACGAAGCACGAGUUAAAGCACAAGCAGUAGCAGCGCUUUCCAGUAAUAACAAUGACAAAAGCAAUGAAAAUGAAAGCCAAGGUUUGGAUAACAAUUUAAAAAAUGAACAGCAAACUGAAAAAACAAUGGCAGCUGUACAACAGAAACAAAAAAAUAACAAUAUCAACAACGAUAUGAAAAAAACACACGAAAGAAAUGCUGCCAUUGUAAUUCAAUCUACAUUCAGAGGUCACAAUAUCAGAAAGGCAGUGGAAAAAGAAAAACUAGCAGCUGCAAAAAUACAAAGAGAAUUUCGCGUUCGUUAUAAAAAAGGCAAAGGCAUGAAAAAAUCCAGUGUUGAAAAGGAAAUCCCAGAAAAGAAUUGCACAGAGAUUGGAGAUAAAACAAAAGAAAGUUUUGCUAACCUUCAAGAUGAUAUUGACGAGCUUCGAUGGAAAGGCGAGCAACAAAAGGAAAGAAAUUGGACAGACAAUUCACAGUAUGAGCCUCUGUCUGUAGUGAUUAUCGCUUCUAAUAUCAAUAAACCAGACGUGCUUAAAAAAAUCUCAACUGCAACAGUUAUUGUCUACGAUUUUAAUAAUACAAAUUUAAAUUCACUACUAGAAAAAAUAAAGACAAAGCUUGAUAAUUAUAAGGAGGGAUGCAAACUGAAAUCAUUAGGAAUCGUUUGUAAAGGCGGGCCAGGGCAUUUUUACUUAUUAAAGGGGGUAGUCUGUACCAGUGUUAAAAUGGAGAAAGGCAAUUUAUGGAAGGAUUUUUAUCAGAAACUUGGGAGUAUGUGCAGCAAGCUAGAGCCCGUAUCGUGCAGUAUUGAUCUAAUUGUCGAUGACAUCUGUAAAAAAGGAUCUGGUAAUGCACUCUGUGCAGCAAUGAAAAAGACAAUGUACCCAAAUCGUGUUAGUGUUACAUCAGCCGGAGAUUUGACAAAGGACAGCUUAUUGAUAAUUGAAAAAUACUUUAAUACUAAAAGUUUCGUAUUGUGGAAGAGAUCAAGGUUUUCAAAACUUGACUUUAAAGUCGAAUAAAAAAAAACUUCGCUGAUAAUCAUUAAGAAGAAUCGUAUUUGCUUUCUAUGAAUUACUUACUUAGAUGAAUUGCUUUGAAAAACAUCCAUGUUCUUCUAAUGAAGAAUAAAAAUUUUGCAUAUAAAUAUUUUUUUGCUAGGAGUACAUUACUGAAUUUUAGAAUUUCGAUUUUAUUACUAUAUUUCAGUGCUUAUUUUUAUAUCAAUUAUUUUUGUAUAUCUAAACAAGGAAAAAUCUCAAUUUUCACCUGAGGAGCGUUAACCCCUUCGAGUGUGGUCCUGGGCAUUUGACAGAAUCCUUACAUUAACAAAACUAUUCACUCCUAUUUCCUCAAAUCUUCAUUUUACUGCUCUUUUACUGACUUCAGACGCCAACCUUUGUUCAUAUUGCUCCCAAUCUUUUAACCAGAGAUUUUAUUAAAGAAAUAAAGAAGCAGCAGACCAAGGAAUCGGGGUUGAAAUUGUUCCAUUGAACUUCCACACACACCAGCAUAUAUUACAGAAACUUUGAAAUUAAAUAUUUUGUAUUACUUUCUCUAAAAAAUAUACAAAUCAUUUUUUUAUAUUGUUAAAA